GUGGCAACAAAAAUUUGACAGCUUGACAACAACAAAAUUUCUAGAAUGUUAUUGCGUAGUUCCUGCUUGAGUUAGAAAGUUUCUCAUAGGAACUUUGAUCCCUAGCCUUCUGUACCAGUGCGUGCAAAGGCAUUUUUUAUCUGAUUUUUCUUUAUCAGCAAUCAAUAUCACAAAUUCUAUCUUUUUCUUGUGAGAAUUUGCAACCUAUACACCUAAAAAUGAAGUUUCUGUGUGCAUUUAUAAUUUUGCUGACUUUUAAUGUUGUCCUUUCUGGCAGCUUUGAUAAUGAACCUCCAAAACCUCAUAAGGAUAAAUAUGUUCUCCAUAAAAGUUGUGAAGCAGCUAUUCACAAACAGAUAGAUGAAGAAAUGCAUGCUAGUUUGGCUUAUGCUACCAUGGCUGCUCACUUUGGGAACAAUAAAGUUGCACGAAAAGGUUUAGAAAAAUUUUUCAAUGAAAAUUCCAUGGAAGAACGUGAACAUGCACAAAAAUUUAUUGAUUACUUACUUUCUCGAGGGGCAAGAUUUUCAGGAUUUGAUGUUAAACUGAUGGAUUUUAUUGAGGGAGAAUUUCUUGAUGAGCAGGUUAAAUCAAUUUCUCAAUUGCAAAGAUUCAUCACCAUUUUGAAUGGAAUGGACACUCCUAUGGGAGAAUUUUUGUUUGAUCAGCAACUUCAGGAAGGAAAAAGCAAAAUGUAAAAUUCUAUCAACAUAAUUACAUUGAAUUGCCAUAUAUCUACUAUCCACUACGUUAGAUGCCAAUUUUUUUAAUAUUUAUUUUGCAUUUUGUUGUUUUAGUAUUAGUUCAUAUUUUAUACUUGAUGAACAAAUUUUGCUUUCAUUGUGCAGCUUAUCAUUUAUGUCAUCCCUUUUUAAAUAUUAAAUAGGUCUGAUAUUCGUUUACUACUUAAUUGUAAUGAUGCUGUUUACAUUAGUAUUGUGUCUAAUAAUUUUCUCAACUAUAUUUGUACAUGUUCAAACCACUUAAUGCAUUUGUUAAUAUUUUUUUUUAUAUUUGAAGACCAAAUAUUGAGUUGAUCAGUUUUGAAAUUCGAUAAAUUUUGUAUUGUUUUAUUAAAUUAGGUUUUUUGUAGCUUUUAAAUUUUGAAUCUCAAACUUUACAAUUAUAUUUUAUCUUGCAUAACUAUCAGAUCAAUCAAUAAAAUAUGGGAUCUU